GGGCGAGAGGCGGAGGAGACCCAGAGAGGCGAGAGGGACAGCGGGCCCCAGCGCGCGGCUCGGGGCUGGGGCGCCAGAAGUGGGACUGGAGCGAAGUAGAGCGAUGCCAAGAAGGAAACAGCAGGCACCCAAGCGGGCGGCAGGCUAUGCCCAGGAGGAACAGCUGAAGGAAGAGGAAGAAAUAAAAGAGGAAGAGGAGGAGGAGGAGGACAGCGGUUCAGUAGCUCAGCUUCAGGGCAGCAAUGACACAGGCACAGACGAGGAGCUAGAAACGGGCACAGAGCACAAAGGCUGCUUCAGCUACCAGAACUCUCCAGGAAGCCACCUGUCCAACCAAGACGCCGAGAACGAGUCUCUGCUGAGCGAUGCCAGCGACCAGGUGUCGGACGUCAAGAGCGUCUGUGGCCGAGAUGCCUCGGACAAGAGAGCGAACACACACCCCAGGGUGCCUGGCGAGGCCCACAACUGCAUGGAUAAAAUGACCGCCGUCUACGCCAACAUCUUGUCUGAUUCCUACUGGUCAGGCCUGGGCCUUGGCUUCAAGCUGUCCAGCAGCGAGAGGCGGAACUGUGACACCCGCAACAGCAACGGCAAGAGUGAUUUUGAUUGGCACCAAGACGCGCUCUCCAAAAGCCUGCAGCAGAACUUGCCUUCGAGAUCCGUCUCCAAGCCCAGCCUGUUCAGCUCGGUGCAGCUGUACCGGCAGAGCAGCAAGGUGUGCGGGACGGUGUUCACGGGCGCCAGCAGGUUCCGCUGCCGCCAGUGCAGCGCCGCCUACGACACCCUGGUGGAGUUGACUGUGCACAUGAACGAGACGGGCCACUAUCAAGAUGACAACCGCAAAAAGGACAAGCUCAGACCCACGAGCUACUCAAAGCCCCGGAAAAGGGCGUUCCAAGAUAUGGACAAGGAGGAUGCUCAGAAGGUUCUGAAAUGCAUGUUUUGUGGCGACUCCUUUGACUCCCUCCAGGAUCUGAGCGUCCACAUGAUCAAAACAAAACAUUACCAAAAAGUGCCUUUGAAGGAGCCAGUACCGACCAUCUCGCCGAAAAUGGUCACUCCGGCGAAGAAGCGCGUGUUUGACGUCAACCGGCCGUGUUCGCCCGAUUCCACCACGGGGUCAUUCGCAGAUUCCUAUUCUUCUCAGAAGAACGCCAGCGUGCAGUUGUCUUCCAACAACCGCUACGGUUACCAGAACGGCGCCAGCUACACCUGGCAGUUCGAGGCCUGCAAGUCCCAGAUCUUAAAGUGCAUGGAGUGUGGGAGCUCCCACGACACCUUGCAACAGCUCACCACCCACAUGAUGGUCACCGGCCACUUUCUCAAGGUCACCAGCACCGCCUCCAAGAAGGGGAAGCAGCUGGUGUUAGACCCACUGGCCGUGGAGAAGAUGCAGUCCCUGUCGGAAGCCCCCAGCAGCGACCCCCUGACCCCCAAGCCGUCCAGCAACUCCGCCUCUGACUGCACGGCCUCCACGACCGAGCCGAAGAAGGAGGGCAAGAAGGAAAAAGCCGAGGACGGCGGCAAGGAGGAGAAAGUGGUGAAAAGUGAGGACUACGAAGAUACCCUGCAAAAGCCUCUGGACCCGACCAUAAAAUACCAGUAUCUGAGGGAGGAGGACUUGGAGGAUGGCUCCAAGGGCGGAGGGGACAUUCUGAAGUCCUUGGAGAACACCGUCACCACAGCCAUCAACAAAGCCCAGAACGGGGCACCCAGCUGGAGCGCGUACCCCAGCAUCCACGCAGCCUACCAGCUGUCGGAGGGCAGCAAGCCGCCGCUGCCCCUGGGGUCCCAGGUGCUGCAGAUCCGACCGAAUCUCGCCAACAAGCUGAGGCCCAUUGCCCCGAAGUGGAAAGUCAUGCCGCUCGUCUCGGUGCCCGCCAACCUGGCCCCGUACCCGCACGUGAAGAAGGAGCCGGAAGACAAAGAGGAGGGGGUGAAGGAGUGUGGGAAGGAAAGUCCCCACCACGAGGCCUCGUCUUUCGGCCAGGGCGACGGGGACUCUUUCCCCAGAAGCGAAGCGCCUGCGGAAGCCAAGAAGGUGGAGCCCUGUGCCCUGAAGGAGGAGGACCAGCCGGCCAGGGAGGGCGGCGAGAAAGAGAAGCCCCAGGCCCUGGAGCCGGCGGCGGCAGCACUCAGCAAUGGCUGUGCCCUCACCAACCACAGCCCCGCCCUGCCCUGCAUCAACCCGCUCAGCGCCCUGCAGUCCGUCCUGAACAACCACCUGGGCAAGGCCACGGAGCCCCUGCGCUCUGCUGCCUGUGCCAGCCCCAGCUCAAGCACAAUGCCCUUGUUCCACAAGUCCAGUCUCAGUGUCAUGGACAAGCCCGUGUUGAGUCCCGCCUCGGCGAGGCCAGCCAGCGUGUCCAGGCGCUACCUGUUCGAGAACAACGAUCAGCCCAUCGACCUGACCAAGUCCAAGAGCAAGAAAGCCGAGUCCUCGCAAGCACAAUCCUGCACGUCCCCCCCUCAGAAGCACGCUCUGUCCGACAUCGCCGACAUGGUCAAAGUCCUCCCCAAAGCAACCACCCCGAAGCCGGCCGCUUCCUCCAGGGUCCCUCCCAUGAAGCUGGAGAUGGACGUCAGGCGCUUUGAGGACGUCUCCAGCGAGGUCUCGACUUUGCAUAAAAGAAAAGGCCGGCAGUCCAACUGGAACCCGCAGCACCUCCUGAUUCUGCAAGCGCAGUUCGCCUCGAGCCUCUUCCAGACGUCAGAGGGCAAAUACCUGCUGUCCGACCUGGGUCCUCAAGAGCGUAUGCAAAUCUCAAAGUUCACGGGACUGUCCAUGACCACGAUCAGCCACUGGCUGGCGAACGUCAAAUACCAGCUUCGGAAAACGGGCGGGACAAAGUUUCUGAAAAACAUGGACAAAGGACACCCCAUCUUUUACUGCAGUGACUGUGCCUCCCAGUUCCGAACCCCCUCCACCUACAUCAGCCACUUAGAAUCUCACCUGGGUUUCCAAAUGAAGGACAUGACCCGCAUGGCCGUGGACCAGCCAAGCAAGGUGGAGCAAGAGAUCUCCCGGGUAUCGUCGGCUCAGAGGUCUCCGGAAACAAUAGCUGGCGAAGAGGACACGGACUCUAAGUUCAAGUGUAAGUUGUGCUGUCGGACAUUUGUGAGCAAACAUGCAGUAAAACUCCACCUAAGCAAAACGCACAGCAAGUCACCCGAACACCAUUCCCAGUUUGUAGCAGACGUGGAUGAAGAAUAGCCCUGCAGAUGCUAUGGGCCACAGUGCGGCCUACAGAGUCACCAUCUACUGGACUGACGACGGGACAUAGUUGGCCUCAGCACAAGUCUCACACAAAAGUGUAUCUUUUGAUCUGGGCGUACAAAAGCCAAGACCUUGUUCUGAUAUUACCAAGCCUUAUAUACCCCUUCCAAGAGCACCACACUUGUUCUCUGCCCUUGAGUCUCGUGCAAUAAUUUUGCUUUCUUGUGAUGUGUUGGGAAGUUCUUCCUCUUCCUGUGGCUAUGAGUUUCCAAGCAAACCAGUGCUCUCCCAGUAGCUGUGGAAGCAGGACCACUGCUUGUUCUUCCGUGUUCAUCCAGAAUCUAUCCACGGUCAGCGGUCAGAAAACUUGAACUGUAAAUGGGUAGAUAGUAAACAGCCUGGGUUUGAGGGUCUUAAGGCCUCUGUUGCCAAUGUUCAGCUCUGCAGCUGCACCCAGAGAGAGAAGCAAACAGGUGCCACAGAGAAAAUUCUAUUAGCAACACCAGGCUACGGGCCAGACGCUGCUGACCCCAGGAUCAGAUGGCUACCUCGGCUGCACGUAGUUCCCAUUUCCACAAAGGGCGCUAAGAAGACAAGACAUCCUGCGAGAAACCCUGGCAAAAGCUCUGAGAUUGGAUUUUAAAGAUAACAAUAGGGGCCUGCGCUGUGGUGCAGGGGGUUAAUGCCCUGGCCUGAAGCUCCGGCAUCCUAUAUGGGCGCCUGUUCGAGACCUGGAUGCUCUACUUCCUGUCCAGCUCUCUGCUGUGGCCUGGGAAAGCAGUGGAAGAUGGCCCAAGUCCUUGGGCCCCUGCACCCGCCUGGGAGACCCAGAAGAAGCUCCUGGCUCCUGGCUUCAGAUCGGCGCAGCUCCGGCCAUUGCGGCCAACUGGGGAGUAAACCAUUGGAUAGAAGAUCUCUCUCUCUCUCUCUCUCUCUCUCUCUGCCUCUCCUCUCUCUGUGUAACUCUGACUUUCAAAGAAAUAAAUAAAUCUUUUUUAAAAAGAUAAAAAAUAAUACAAUCUAACAUAGAGCACACAGAUAAAAUAUUAGCCAAGCAAAUCUCUCAGCCCUUACACUGGAGGUCAGGAAAAACAUCUUUUGAAAUCCACACUGAAUUUGUGCUUUUAAGUCCCAACAGGUUUUCUCCCUAUUCAAGUGCUGACUCUGAACAUCCAUAACAAUUUUAAAUCCCUGUAGAGCAUUUUUCAUGGGAUGGGCAUUCAGUGUUUAAUUUGAAAAUUGAAUCAAUGUUUUCCAAAGUGUGAAAUAUGGAUCUCUAGUAAUAAAUGUGGGGAUUGGAGGUAGUACAGCUAAUGAAUACUUUUUUAUUUUAAUUAUCUAUCCAUUUAUUGAUUAUAACAUUUGUUUCAACAUGUACUUUAGAAACAGAAGUGUCACGUGGCACCCAUUACUUUGCCAAUGCUACUUAGGACAAACUAAAGAAGGUAUUUAUAUUUUUAAAAAGUGAGUUGGUGGAAAUAAAAUUACAAAGGACAAAUAAUAUACAAGACGAUACAAUGAUGUGGAAACCAAUUGUGAAGACCGCAAGCAAAUUGCUGUCUCUUGGGAAGGUCUGGAAUAAUGAUUUCCUAUUCUUUCCUGGCUCUUCACGCAUUAGAUUAAGCCACUUGGUGAGGAUUCGUCGCAGGUGUGUGUUUCGUUUAUUCUUUGUCUUGUUUUCUUCAACCUUCUUGCCUCGCACAGUGUUUGCUAUAAAAGGACCACAGCAAACAUGGGAUGCGUGGAUUAAUUGGUUGUCAUUCAGAUUAUCAGGUUACUUUUGAGUCAUGGCAAGUGAUCUGACACCAACCAUGGAUUUAGGAUCUCCCACGCUCCCAAGCGCAGUGUGAAGUCCACCCAGAGGAAGAGAUGAGCUUGUUUAAAAUCAGUCAGUUACAAGUGGACAGUCUUGUGGGAUGCCUUUGCCAAGAGAAGCCCAAAGGUGACAUAAAUCAAGACAUCUAACUGGAGCGGUGUUUUAGGAAUUAAGCAGCAAUGACAUCAAAUGAGAAAGUUUCUAAGGGACACCUUUGACACCAUGGGGGAAGGGAAAGUCAAAACAACCCCAGAAUCUAUGGGGGAAGAUGGCUGUUUUCCAAGUGACUAGCUGGUUGAUAAUUAUCAGAGACAUCUGUGAUUAAAAUCCUCUCCCUCCCAACGACUUGGUUAUCUUGCCGUAGAUUUCCCUCAUGUAACAUCAUAAGCCAAAGGAGAAAAACUGCUGAGGCAUCACAAAUGCAGCGGGCCACGGAGAAAGACUUGGAAAAGAAACACGUAGCAAGAAGUUCGGACCUGCUGGAAUCAAGUUGUUAGAAAUGGUUUCCCUGGCCGGCGCUGCGGCUCAACAGGCUAAUCCUCCGCCUUGCGGCGCCGCCACACCGGGUUCUAGUCCCGGUCGGGGCGCUGGAUUCUGUCCUGGUUGCCCCUCUUCCAGGCCAGCUCUCUGCUGUGGCCAGGGAGUGCAGUGGAGGAUGGCCCAAUGGGAGACCAGGAUAAGCACUUGGCUCCUGGCUUCGGAUCAGCGUGGUGCGCCGGCCGCGGCGGCCAUUGGAGGGUGAACCAACGGUAAAGGAAGACCUUUCUCUCUGUCUCUCUCUCUCUCAUUGCCCACUCUGCCUGUCAAAAAAAAAAAUGGUUUCCCAAAACGGACGGCAUGACCCGUGUCUGUGCACCCGGUGAACGUGAGUUGGGUCACUUGGUAAUCCAGAUCAUCAAACCCUCUUCCCCGCCAUCGCGUAUUUCGCUGGUUGGCUCCCACGAAGCAGCUACUUCCGCAAAUCAAGGAUGCUCUCAUGACUGCAGAGUUGCACACGUGACGAUGCAUGAAGAACCACAGUAGUCAUGUGGCCGUUCAGGAGAGACACAGGCUGAGGACUGUCCUCCAGGGGCAGCCAGCGUGGCAGCUGCUCUCGCCCGGAUAAUCCGCUUCUCUCUCUGCCAAACUCAUGCCUGAGCUGCGGCAGAGUUACUAACGGUGGCAUGUAGGUGCCUUCCAUGUGUCCCUCCAUCCCCAACACGGCAAACGUUGCAUCUGUGAUUGACAGAGGUCUCCCCUAUGGCAUCCACAAGGGCCUAGUGUAUGAGAGGUGGAAGAUGAACCCAUCUGCUUGACAGCAAGCCUCUGUCGCCGCUACGUACAAGGGCGCGUCACAAAGUCUGUGGCAAUCUGCAAUCGGAAGGUCACUUUAGUUUGGUGCACACAUAAAUUCUUCACUCACGCACGCUUUUUUCUUGACACAUCUUUUCCGUGAAUUUUUGGACAAUCCCGCGUACAAUUUUCUGUGAUGAUACAGCUUGUGUCGAUAUUCUGAAUCAUUCAUUCAUUCAAAAAUAGCUGGUGAGUGCCUCCUGACUCCCCUGCAGUAUGCCUCCCCCAGGGCCAGGGAACCAGCUAUUAAAUGCCUACGUGGGUACAGUUUUCACAGAGUGCAAACUCCAGUGUGUGAAACGCAUAACCUGCUUUGUUUUUGUCCUGUGCAUCCAUGUCAGUUAUUCCUUGGAGCCCUCAUUAUAGCAACUGGGGGAAGAAAGUGCCUUGGUCAGUGCAGGGGUUCAAGGAUUUCCCACCGCUCUGAGGUUGAGGGACUCGUGUGCAGACAGGGCAGGGGAGGAACCGGGGACUUCGUUUGUCCUUGGCCUUCACUGCCUCCCGCAGCCUUGGGGGCCUGUGUACCAUCUCCAGGGGUCUGCAGUGGGGGUCGUGUAUUUCACACCAGCAUCGACCGAGAUGUCCUCACCCCCAGGGUCCCCUGCUGCCGCGUGUCCUAGUCCCCCGGAACACUUGCUUGGUCUGGCCGUUCCUCUUUCUCAGCUGAGACAAAGGAAACAUUGGAGGCUACAGAGAAGGAGACAGCCUGGCCUGCAGCCCUCGUGGCAGCUGGAGCUGGAAGGGACUUCCCAGGGCUGCAGGACACGGGUCUUUGUAGAUGCUCCAGCUAACCGGGGGGUUCUUCCAUCCCCUACCUAGUGCCAUCCUCACCUGGAGGUGGUGGUCGGUUUCAAAGUCCCUUCCCAGCGGCCAUCCCUGGAGCCCAAGCUCCUGCUGUCCUGCAAGGCCCUCCCUCUACCAAGUCCUGACAGCUCUCAGCGGCCCUGCCGCUCUGCUUGGCACUGAGCGAGGACGAGACUGGCUCAGAACGUGUUUGUCAAAUCGAUGGCGAAUGCCGGGCCCUCGGCUUUGGACUCUCAAAAGCCUGGAGUUCGGUUCUUUUGCCCCAUGGUUUCCCCCUGUCUCCCAUCCACGCUGGGGACAGUCACAGAGCUUAAAAUAACCAGCGAAGGAGAAGGGAAGCAAGGAACCAGUCCCAGCACGGUCCCACGCUGGAGCCAGCACAGCCCAGGGUAAGAGCGGGGCCUGAGGGAGCUCAGAGCAGCUGGGAGGAGAGGUCAGACGAGACAGGAAUUGAAGGCUCUGGGUAAUGAUAUUCAAAUUGCUCCUUGGGAGUUGCAGUGGCCUUUCCCAGGCGCUCCAGGCUCCCCUGGGCCCACAAUUUCCUGUCUGCAUUGUAUCACUGGGCACAGCAGGAGCCCUGGAUGCGUGGCCGCAAAGAUGGAUAGCAACUCCCAAACUCCGAACUCUCAGGACCAGACACGCACACUGGUGGGGGUGGAGGAACAGGGAGCACAGGGAUCUAAGGCUUGGGGCUGAGACAAGUCACAGCUCUGCUCAGCCUCAGUGUCUAAAUCCAUAAAGUGGGAUCCUCGUCCCAAUCAGGGACCACCAGAAAGAGCUUUGUGGACCAGAAAGACUAUGCACACACUAUGCAGCCUUGUAUUAGCUGGCUGUGGUCGGCCUGAAUACAGCCCUAAUCCUGAGAGGCACCCAGAAGUUCUAUCGGGCUGGAUAAACUCCUGACUUAGAACGAUUUGACCAUAACUUGCAAAAAAAAAAAAAUCCACCCAUUGCCAUUUCCUCCUAUCCCCCCAUGUAUGUUAAGCUCACUCGUGAUUAGGAUUCUGGAAGUAUACCCUGAUAAAUGACUCCAGGAGGGAACCCAACAGCACAGGCGUCCCGGAGAAGCCGGCUCUGACCUUUGCAAUUUGCAGCGUUCCCAGAAUCCCCAUCAGAUGACCUAUGAGCACCAGCCGGGGCUCUGAGCUCCACCCUCCCAGGAAGCCCGAGCAAGUCCAGUGGUGCCCCCCGGGGACAGAGGGCUCAACCUCAACCAAGGGGAGGUGUAAGAGCCCAGCAGACCCCCCAGGAGCUGGAGAGGCAGGGAGCUCUUCCAGAAACCUGGGCAAAUUUAUGUGGGGAGCACACGGUUGGGAGCUGUGCUUAGAGCCAAAUAGCAGGAAGGAGAGCAAGGAAGACAUCCAUUAGGGAAGGCGAGUGCUUGCAGUAGGGCAGGAUGCUCCGGGAAGCCCGGGGCGGGGUGGGGGGUGGGGGGUGUUGGUGCAGGGCCCCACUGCUUUUUGAACAAAGCCACUCACCUUGCGCCACGUGCAGGCCUAUUUAUUUAAAACCUAUUCGGAUCCAAAUGCAGCCUGUUUAACCAUUCUGCUUGUCUGGGGGUGCUGGGGCAUUCCGCUGUCGCUCUUUCUCUCUCUCUCCUCCUCUCCAUGAGUCCUGUCCGUGAAACGCGUGCUGGAUUUGCCAACAACAAUCCUGACAUCUAGUCCCAGCCUUAUCCACUCCCAGCUGUGGGACUUGAGCAAAGGCCUUCGCCUCUGUGGACGUGAGUUCAGUUCUAGAAAAUGAUUGUGACACCUGCUUCACCCAGCUGUGGGUGCAAAACACGCCCUGAGCAGCGACUGGGUAUAUCAGUGAUGGGCCGCGUGGUACAAGCAUUACUUCACAUCCUCAAAUCUUUGUUAGAAGAGCAUAAACAGAGGAUGCAUCUACACCUGCCACUCAGUGACAUCGUAUAUUCUCAAGUGACAAAAGAAGGUAUCGAUCCAGACCUCGACGUGCAGGCAGUGUGUUCCACAAGCAGUGGGAAGAACGUGGAAACAGGAAGCAGAAAAGAGACAAAUACUUCUUCACAGGGAUUUUUUUAUCCCUCUGGAAUGUCGCAUUAUUGGCUUAUGAUACCGAAACUUCUCAGAAAUGGAAAAUAAAAGGGAAGGCAGAGGGGAGUAGCACAGGGAUACCAAUCGGGCAGGCCUUUUCACUGCCGUAGGAAGGCAAAGGCUAAGUGUCGGAUGGCGGCAGACUGCGAAAGGCCAUCCAGGUUCUUCCUUGCCUACCAGCGGGCUUCAGCCAUCAGCCAGUGCAAGGCCAAAACCCCGCACUUGGCUGUCGGGAAGACGUCUCCGUUCGUGGGACGUGACAAGGGCCGUGGUUCCUCCUAUGGUCUCUUACCUCCUGUCACCCCACAGUUGUGGUUUGUAAAACAAACAAAAAAGACUAUAUAAUAUAUAGUUUUAAUUGACUCAUACAAAUUGUACGGUUAAUAAUAACAACAUUCACGGGGCACAGUGUGCUAUUUUGAUGUAUGGAUGCAGUGGGUGGUGAUGUUUUCAAGGUUCCUGGUGGACCCGGAGUGUUCGUCCAGGGUUCCCAGAGUUCUGCUCAGUUAAGCAAUACCUGACCCACGGGGAGACUUGCUCAUUCGGUCGGUCAGUUGGAUUUAACUCCUCGGUGGCUGAGCCACGUGCUUGGGAUGACCAGGAAGGACAAAGCCAAGCCCUGCCUGGGGCAGGAAGGAGCGUGGAACUUUCGAGAAUCCCUAAGGACAGCUCAGGAGGGUAGGCUCUGGUGAGCAAGCGCUGGGAGCAAAGCGGAAACCACAUCACCCCAGACACGAAGGCGUGCCCCCUCCCCCCCUCAGGACCCGGACGUUGGCCCCUCAUCUGAGCCUCACCCGUCUAUGCCCCAACCCCAACCUCCUCUUUAGCCAGACCCUGAGGCUUGCAUCUAGUGUGGUCUGCCACUCCCACCUGCAGUGGACAAGCCUGCGUAUUUAUAUAACAAACCCUGCUCAAGUGUUCUCAGGCCUAUGUUUAGAAACACAGAGAGGGGGCAAGAAAGAGAAUAAAUAUGGAAAUCAAAUGUAAAAACUUCUGGCUCUUGCAACCAGCUUCCUGGGGGAAUUUUCCUCUGUGUUCUUUCCUCUUCUCCCACUCAGCGGAAUGACUGCUAGUCAUUAAGGAAAUCUGUGAGGAGCUCACGGUACAGGAAUUGUACGCCACUGCUCCCAUCCUCAUUUGCAUAUCCCAUUUUUUGAUUGGCAGCUGUACAUGAAAUGCCAUAUCAGUUGAAAGUAUGUUGUGAGCUGGCACUAAUGAUCCUCUGGCUCCAGGGAGACCUGCCAUAUUGUAAUUUGGCUAUCAGGCAUGAAAGAAAUAAUUCUAAGUGCCAGGAAUGCAAGGCUGAAUAAAUGUUUCACUGCUGCAGGUUGCCAGGGGUGACACUUCUGAUUUAGUAUAAACGAAUGCCCGUUGCCUUUGGGGUGCCGGGAGUUUGCAUUGUAGCUGAGCUGUGUGUAUAAAACAUUAGUCUAAGAAAAUGGCUUCAGUGUAAGAUGGGAAACGGAGGCCUGCUCCCAGAAGGCAGUGGAAUGUUUACAACUAAUCACUGGAUGAAAGGAUUUUGCUUCCUUCUAUAAUGACAGGCAAACAGGAUUUGCUUUUCCUGAGAUGGAGAAUAAUGGUUAUGUUAACUCUGCCUCGCCUUGUUUUUUUUUUUUUUUAAUGAAAUGCUCUUUUGUAAAGAAAAUCACAUCUGUUUCCUUUUAUAUAUGAAAGGGAUAUAAAUUCUUUUUCCCCCCUCCCUCUGUGCGAAUAGCCCAGUGGUGUACCUUGGAAUUAAAUAACCCUUUGUGACGUCAUCCGGACCUCAGGGAUCUGGAAUCAUGGCUGCCCCUGCCUUCUCUGGCUGCUGACUUCACAUGGCUGCCUGCACACACAGUGUGGGCAGGAGCAGGGAGCGAUCGCUUUCUCUCCAAUUUUCAUGAAGGUCCCUCCGUGGCCUCUCACAGUCCGUUGCAACCUUCCUGGUGGCUGCUGCAUGAACUGUAGACAGCAGUGAUCUGCAAGACGUUGCCUCCCGGGCAGAAGCGACAUAGGGGUUCCUCUCUGCCUGCAGCCCCCGGGGCCAUGGGCACCCUGGCUUCAGGAUCGGACUUGGAUCUGUUUUCUUCUCCCUUGAUCCCGUGUGGGGACGCUCCUUGGAGCUGCUCUCUGCCUGUGGACUUCCUUAUUUGGAUGUCGUUACAGUACAGAUUCAGACACGCUGGGCAGAGCAGCAGUCACAGGGACAUGUGCUUUGUCAAGGGCGCUCUAGCAAAGCUUGCUGGGCUUCGUCACGGCAGGGCAGGAACUGUCCGCGCUGCUUUUGUUCUCAACUCUGCACUUGGGGAAGAAUCAACGUGAUCAGGUUUUCUCUUGACGCGGGAGCUUCGUGCUUGCUGCUCCUUGAGGUGCCCUGCAGAUGGUUUUGGCCACAGGAGGAGAAAGGGCUAUGGAUAAGUUAAAGAUAAGUAAGGAGUAUGCUUAGAUUUACCCAUCCCCAGUAACCUGCCUGGCUGAGCAUCCACUGACAAACGGAGACUUUCAAUAAUUCCACUGUUGCCAUUGUGCCCUGGUGUUUAAUGUUUUCCUUCAAUUUGGAAGAGCCAGCACUUUAUUAUUAUUUGAAAGGCAGAGAGACAGAGACACAGAGAGAGCGAUUGAUCUCCCAUCUAGUGGUUCACUGCCCAGAUUCCCACAAAGCUGGGGCUGGAUCAGCUAAAGCUAGGAGCCAGGAACUCAGUCUGGGUCUCCCACACAGGUGGGCAAGGGUGCUGCUGCCUCCCGGUGUGUGCAGUAGCAGAAGGCUGGCACUGGGGACACAGCAGGCACUCUGCUAGGGGAUGCAGGUGUCCUGAACAGCAUCUUAGUCAUACAUCAAAAACCCACACCACCCCUGCUUUUAAUUUUUUUUUUUUUGACAGGCAGAGUGGACAGUGAGAGAGAGACAGAGAAAGGUCUUCCUUUUCCGUUGGUUCACCCUCCAAUGGCUGCUGCAGCCGGCGCACCACGCUGAUCCGAUGGCAGGAGCCAGGUACUUCUCCUGGUCUCCCAUGGGGUGCAGGGCCCAAGCACUUGGGCCAUCCUCCACUGCACUCCCGGGCCACAGCAGAGAGCUGGCCUGGAAGAGGGGCAACCGGGACAGAAUCCGGCGCCCCGACUGGGACUAGAACCCGGUGUGCCGGCGCCGCAAGGCGGAGGAUUAGCCUAGUGAGCCGAGGCGCCGGCCCUUCUUUUAAUUUUUAAGGAGUCAAUAGUUACAACACAGCAAGCAUUGGCUGAACUCCUACAAAGUGUUGAAGAUUGUGUUAUAUGCUUAUAAUAACACAGAUUUCAUCAGAUAGAGCUUCUUUUUUUGACUGUGCAUAAAGUCUGUCUUGUUUAUUUUUUAAGAAAGCUUUUAUUUAAUAAAUAUAUAUUUCAUAGGAAUGGCUUUUGGAAUAUAGCAAUUCUUCCCCCCAUACCUGCCCUCCCUCCCCCACUCCCAUCCCACCUCCUACUCCCUCUCCCAUCCCAUUCUUCAUUAAGAUUCAUUUUUAAUUAUCUUUAUAUACAGAAGAUCAACUCUAUACUAAGUAAAGAUUUCAGCAGUUUGCACCCACACAGACACACACAGUAUAAAGUACUGUUUGAAGACUAGUUGUACUGUCAAUUCUGAUAGUACAACUCAUUGAGGACAGAGGUCCUACAUGGGGAGCAAGUGCACAGUGACUCCUGUUGUUGAUUUAACAAUUGACGCUCUUAUUUAUGAUGUCAGUGAUCACCAGAGGCUCUUGUCAUGAGCUGCCAAGGCUAUGGAAGCCUCUUGAGUCCACAAACUCCGACCUUAUUUAGACAAGGUCAUAGUCAAAGUGGAAGUUUGCUCCUCCCUUCAGAGAAAGGUACCUCCUUCUUUGAUUGUCGCUUCUUUCCACUGGGAUCUCACUCACAGAGAUCUUACGUGUAGAUUAUUUUUUGCCAGUGUCUUGGCUUUCCAUGCCUAAAAUACUCUCAUGGGUUUUUUAGCCAGAUCCAAAUGCCUUAAAGGCUGAUUCUGAGGUCAGAGUGCUGUUUAGGGUGUUUGUCAUUCUGUAAGUCUGAAGAUAAAGCAUCUUCUAAUGUUUCUGUUCAGUAGGCAAGGAGUUUUAAAAAUGUAAGCAGAGAUAUUGACGAUAUUGUUCAUUCAGACUCUUAUUCCUUCACAUCAGUGACAGCUCACAGCCAUUGUGGGACAUUUACUCCAUGAUAGGUUUUCAGGAUAUAAAAAUAAUCGAGGCACAGUUCCUGUCCUCAAGUAACUCAUGCACAACAGAACACACAAAACCAACCUGCUGUGACUCUGUAGCACUGGAGCAUGGUGAGACCCACAGUCACUGUUGCAGCCAGUUAAGAAAUUCAGUGUGCAACUGACCACACUCUCCUCUGCUACUUUCAAGAAGAGUGUAGGUCUAGAGUUUAAUCAGAAAGCCCCACUGUGUGCCAGGAGCCAUAGUUAAGUCAGCUCCUCACCACUAUCACAAAACAGAGAGGCAGGCUACUUUCUAAAGGAAAGAGGUUUACUUUUCAUCACAGCUCUGGAGGGUCGCAGUCCAAGAGUGAGUGGAUUCAGUGAGUGGAUGACCCUCGGAUGCUGAACAUCACAUGGCAAGAGACAGGCAGAAUGUGAGUCUGUGUCGCUCUAUCUACAUUCUCUCUUUUAUUCUGGGGUCACCGGGAAUCAAUCACUGGUGCUCAAUCCUAAUCAAUCAAUCCAAUCUAAUCACUUCCCAGAGGUCUCACAUCUAAGUAUCAUAACUGGAUUAAGUUUCUACUCUCUUAGUACCAAUAACAUAAAACUUUGGGAAUAUUCAAGCCAUAUCAGGUACUUGCACUUGUAUUACCUACUCUAUUUCCUUCCUUGACAGUUUUUCAUUGAUAUUAUAGAGUUUCAGUUUUAAGAAACAGUGAAGUUAAUCCCACAAGCAAGUGGCAGCUGGAAUGGUGACCUCUCUCUCAUUUGUUAGUGGAGAUUUUCUCAAGGUGAGAAAGACCCCAGGUGUGAACGUCAAGUUCCUCCCUAGUGCUUUUCCCCUAGUGUGGCUCAGUCCUUCUCCAAACAUUAGCAUAAAUGUGGCAUAAUCAGUGCAUGGUGGUUAAAACGCCUCCCAGGAUGCCUGCGUCCCAUAUUGGGGCAUCUGGUUUGAGUUCCAGCUCCACUUACAGUCCAGCUUCCUGCUAAUGCACACGCUGGCAGGCACAGGUGAUGGUUCAAAUACUUGAGUCCCUGCCUUGCCACCCACAUCAGACCCCAGGAUGGACAUCCAGGAUCCUGACUUCAGCCUGGUCCAACCUGACUGUUGUGGGUACUUGGGGAGUAAACUAGCAGAUGGAAGAUCUUGGUGUCUCUCUCUCUCUCUCUCUCUCCCUCUCUCCCUCUCUCCCUCUCUCCCUCUCUUUCUCUCUCUCUCUCCCGCUCUCCCUCUCUCUCCCUCUUUCUCCCUCUUUCUCCCUCUUUCUCCUUCUUUCUCCCUCUCUUUCCCUCUCUCUCCCCCUCUCUCUCUUUCUACCUUUCAAAUAAAAAUUAAAUGGGGAAAACCGAAUUUCAAAAAAAUGACAACUCUAAAAAUCAUUCACACUGUACUCAGGGGGAUUUAAGUGACUUUUCCAAGGAUAAGCGUGUGUUACAUGUCAUUUUCACUGUAAACAUUGACCUGGAGACCAAUUCCUACAUGAUUGUGUCUGUACUGAUGGUUGAAAGGACAAUGAUAGCACAGAGGAAACUGCGUCUAACCCCUGUUAGGCCUGAAGGAGGAGUGGUCAUGGAAGACAUCAUUGAGGUGGUGAUUUUCCAUAACACAUAAAUCAGGAAAAAUCAAAUUCCACAUAGAGUGGUCAAGACCAGCAAACGGGGGCCAGUGUUGUGCACAGUGGAUUAAGCUGCCACCUGCGAUGCUGGCAUCGCGUAUCAGAGCAUUGGGUUAAGUUCCAGCCACUCUGCUUCCAAUUCAGCCUCUGCUAAUGCACCUGGGAAGGCAGCAGAUAAUGACUCAAGUGCUUGGGCCCCUGCCACCCAUGUGAGAGCCCCAGCUAGAGCCCAGGCCAGCCCCAGCCAUUGCAGCCAUUUGGGGCUCUGAACCAGCAGAUGGACAAUCUCUCUCUCUCUCUCUCUGUCACUCUAACUUUCAAAUAAAUAAAUCUUAAAAAAAAAAAAAAAAAAAACUAGCAAACAGUGGGAGGUGACAGAGCACAGCGUGCUUUGGGUUGAAAGAUGAGAAGCAAAGCCCUGGCAGAGCUGAGGCUAGAAAGGUGGGCAGACGCCUCCUGUGCUGUUCGGGUGUCAUGGGUAGGCUGCUUGCUGGCUUCGGGAUGCUUAGGGCUGUGAUUGCUCAGUGGGGUUAGGGGGUGACCCCCCAGGGGACACUGGGCGAUGUCUUGAGGCAUCUUGGCUGUCAGCUGAGGAGAGGGUGCUCCUGGCAUCAGGUGGGUAGAGGCCAAGGGUGCUGUUGACCGCCUACAAUGCAGAAGAAGGCAUCCAUGACCCAGCCUGAGAUGUCAACCGUGCCCUGGCUGGAAGAGCCUGCCCACACCCUUGCUGCUUGUUUCCCUGCUGUUCUGGUUCGGGUCGGCUCGUGAGAAUCCAGUUUAAACUUUGUAUGUUGCAAUAAGGAGGUCUCAGAACAAAUAUUUAUUUGGAAUCCCUGUCCCUUUUGAGCUUGGGGUGGGCGGG